AUUAGGGCUUUUUUCUUUUUCCUAUUUAACCCUAAUCUCCAAUUUCUCUCUUCACUCUUCACACUUCUUCAAAUCGGCUAUGGCGUCCAAUGUCGGGUCGGAUUCAGCUGCUGUUAUGGUCUGCAUCAACGAUGCUCUGACCGACGACGAGCUCCGAUCCAUACUGGACAAGAUUGAGAGGGAAAAAGACAAGGAGAUUUUUGGGUUAGUAUGCAAAAGAUGGCUGCGAGUUCAGAGCAACGAGAGGAAGAGGCUCUCUGCUCGUGCCGGUCCUCACAUGCUUCGCAAAAUGGCCUCCAGGUUUUCGCGCCUCCUGGAAUUGGAUCUCUCCCAGUCCACUUCUCGGUCUUUCUAUCCGGGCGUUUCUGAUUCGGAUCUUACUGUUGUUGCUGAUGGUUUCCAGUACUUGAAAGUCCUCAAUCUUCAAUAUUGCAAAAGCAUCACUGAUUCAGGAAUGGCAGCAAUUGGACGUGGUCUUUCAAAACUACAGACGUUGGACGUGGCCUAUUGCAGAAAGUUGACCGAUAAGGGAUUCUCAGCUGUCGCAGAAGGAUGUCAAGACCUAAGGAACUUGAAUCUCGCCGGCUGCAAACUGGUUACAGAUGAACUAUUAAAAACUCUUUCUAAUAACUGUCAGAAUUUAGAAGAAUUGGGCCUACUUGGCUGCACAAAUAUAACUGACUCUGGACUAACAGAACUUGUCAAAGGCUGUCAGAAGAUCAUGGUUUUAGAUAUUAAUAAAUGCAGCAACGUUGGGGACAUUGGCAUAUCCAGUGUUUCAAAGGCUUGUUCAUCCUCCCUCAAGACAUUGAAGUUGUUGGAUUGCUAUAAAAUUAAAGAUGCCUCCAUUUUGUCACUGGCUCAGUUCUGCAAAAAUCUUGAGACUCUUAUCAUAGGUGGCUGUAGGGACAUCUCUGAUGAAUCCAUUCAAAAGCUUGCACAUGCAUGUAAAAAUAAUCUCAGAACUUUGCGUAUGGACUGGUGUUUGAACAUAUCUGACUCUUCUUUAAGCUGCAUAUUCACCCAGUGUAGAAAUUUGGAGGCUCUUGACAUUGGCUGCUGUGAGGAGGUGACGGAUGCUGCCUUCCAUGGUAUAGGAAGCCAGGGUACUGAGGUGAAUUUGAAGGUUUUGAAGAUCAGUAACUGCCCGAAGAUCACAUUAGCGGCAUUAAGCAUUCUUAUGGACAAAUGCAACUACCUCGAAUAUCUAGAUGUGAGGUCAUGCCCUCAUAUUACCAAGGCUGGAUGUGAUGAGGCUGGAUUGCAGUUUCCUGAAUCAUUGAAAGUGAAUUUUACAGGAAGUUUAUGCGAGCCAGAUCUUUUUCUGUGAGACCCAAUACCAGCAAUCCUAAAACAAUCCUUGCCACUGAAUCCUUUUGGAAAGCAUAUUUCUAUUGCUUCUCGGGUAUGCAACCUUCAGUCUGGCUCCUGUUAAUAAGCAUUCUAAUGUCUGUCUUUGGCUUUGGAGGAUACCACCAUAAUUUGUAGCAUAGAAUUCGCACGUACAUUUGGUGUACAUUGCAUUUGUUUAUGUUUCUUUUUUCCCUUUUUAACAUUUCAUAUGUUGGAAAUUUGUUGCCUUGUGUGGAUAUUAAUAACAUUGUUCUAUAUUAUUCUUCGAUUCUGUCA